AUGAAUGCAAAUGCGGCAUCUUGUGCGUCAGACAAAGGACAUAAAUCUGACGCAGUCACGUGGGAUGAGGAGGCGAUAGCCGAGCACGAUAAGGAACGAGGCACGAGGCAGAAAAUUGACGAACCAAAAACACCUUAUGUAGGUCCAUCAACCCCCGCUCCCGCCCCAGUAGCUGCGAUGGACUUAGCGGUAUGUCCAUUUCUGAAUGUUGUAAAAGUAGGGAGGAAACUUUGUCGCGUCGUGUAUCUUCUACUUAUUUCACUGCAAGAAAGUGAAGAAUCCAUCAGUGCUUACUUAUGUUGAAGUUGAAGUUGUUCGUGCUGAGUCUAAGGUUACUUUGACUUUCUUCAUCCAUCAGGCUGCAAGGUCUUUAUGUUUAUGGUCAUCAUAGUCUAUUCUUUUUGACGUAUCACGCAUUUUCAUUUAUUUUGUCUUCACAGGCAAAAUUGACGGCGCUUAGUGAGGAACAGACUGCCGCCGAAGAAAAGAAAGCUGACUUUGAGGAUAAGAGGAAGAAGCACUACAAUGAAGGUUUGAAAAUUAAGGAAGUGAUGGCCCAGGCCAAGAAGGAGAUGGCCCAAUUAGAAGAAAACGACGACGAAGAAGAAAUAAUGUCAGAGGGUGAACUGGCAGAAGAAAUGGAACGACAAAGGAUACUAAUGGAAAAUAUGAGAAAAAAUAGUGCGCGAAACGUUAUUCCAGCAACAGGGACGGACACGACAGCAUCAACGAAAAAUGAGAGUAGUGCUUCGACAACCACGGAACAGCCAUCAGCAACAUCGAAGGGAGGAGGCACGUGACAUUGAAAAGACUCAUCUCUCUGUUGACAUAUUUUUUCGGAUUGAAAAGACAACCUCAAUCUGUCAUUCAUAAUGAACCGACUACCACAUGAUCAAAGUUCUUCGCGCGUACCCUUGUGACGCUGGUCGCAGUGGAAAAAGACUUCCUUGCGAUUCUCGAUGCAAUACCAACUUGCCUAGGAGAUUUUAAGUUUUUAUGUUCGGCUAAUCUCUAUCUGUGGUUGAUUAUGAUCAGAGUUCUCCUCAAUAUCUGGUGCUCAUUGAUCAAUUCAAAAUCACAAUAUCAGAAGAUCCGAAUAUUAUGGUUGUGGUCUCGCAAAUAGAUCCUCAGCUCCUCAAGGUCAUCGACAUGGUGAUGCAAAAGAUCC